AUGCGUCUAGCCCGAAAGCGGAAUUCUGUUUUAUCGGCUGCUGCGGAGCUAGCAGCUCAGGGCCCCUCGGGCACGGCACGCUCUAAGAACAGUCCAGUCCGAAUGACGGGAUACGAAGUCUUUGACGAGGAUGGCAAAGCUUUGCCGGAUCUGAUUCCUCGCUUGAGCUGUCCAACCAAGCGGGAAAUGGCGUCGAAUCGGCAUGCCUACCCGGCAGUAUUUUUUGGAGUGUCUCUCCCUGCCCCCAAGGCGAAAGAUGACUCCAGUCUCAGACCUGGUGAUAGCGGUGGGAUCAAGCGCGUGGGGCGAACGAUGAGCUGCUACGAAGAGCUGCGGUUCAAACGACCUGAAGACAGAGAAUUUUACCAGCAGCGUAUGUAUGGCACAACUUUCGUGCCUCAGCGUCUGCGUGGCUGGACAACGCUAAUUGUGCGCAGUGCACGCUUUGAGCGCAAAUCUACAGGCAUUCGCUUCAAUCAAGAUCGAGAUCGGGAUGAGUUUGCGGCUGCGCUAAGCAAGCGUUACACGUUUAACAGGUCGGUUCCGCGCUGCGAUAUCCCGCGUGAAAACUGGCAGAAGCUUAUGCGGAAUCAGCCUGGCACCGUGUACUUGCAUUAUUGCAAUCGCGAGGACGCUGAGCAAGCAUCGCUUUUGUUUCGUGAUGACCAAGGAAAUCCCUUGGAGCUCCGACUUGAAUACAAAGCAGGUGUUGUAAUAACACGCAGUUCUUCCCCAGCGACCAGAAUGGAGUCUCAGGGUUCGUAUCGGCGAUCAGGAUCUGCUGAGCAAUGCGCACCAGAGUCAUCUCCAGUCUCGUCGCAGGGCGGAAGUGCGCGUAGCACACCAUCUUGGCGACGAGAACGCCAGCGGACA